AACUCCAUCGCCGGCCGGUCAUCACUCGGUGAUGAGUGAGUUUUAACAAAGGAAGUGGGUUAAGGUCACUGCGACUUUAACUACAGUCAACAUCAACUGGAGUUUGGAACCUGUGUUCGGUUGAAAAGGCCACACGAAAAACGUGUGGACCGGGCCAGGUUCGAUCAUUGAUAACCUGAGGAAGAAGACCACAAAAUAGAAACGCUGCACACGAGGAAGGCGGUUCUAUCAACGUGAUGGACGGCCAACAAGCGUCAGCAAGUAAAGGGGACCUAUGAUGCAUAGCUGGUGCCAUCAACUAUACUUCAGGCCUCCUGUGUAGAAUGGCGUUUAGAUUUAUAGACCGGACUCGACCCUUAGACCCGACCUCGGGGGAACGUGACAUGGAAGCGCUAACGGCGCUAGCCCGGCUGCAGAGACGACGGUCACUGCAGUAUGAUUGCACUGAAGAUUCAAAGUGGGAAGAUGCGGGAUGGUCCCAAAGAGUGAUGUUCUUCUCCAUGAAGAAGUCCUUGGUCAAGCCAGCAUUGUGAACUGCAGCGUUGUCCUGUUGAAGAACCCAGCUGUUACCACAGAGACCAGGGCCCUCGGUCAUGAGGGAUGCCCGCCACAACAUCUGGUAACAAGUUACAUUUUAUUCUCAUCAGGGAAUCAAACUUUUUUCCACGUUUCAAUGUCCCAUGUUUGAUGCUCCCUGGCAAAGUCUUUGGAAGCCUUUUCCCACAGAUGCCGUCUGAAGGUUAUUGGGCUGCAGUCGGCACCAGUAAGGGCCUUCAUUUGGGUCCAGGACCGCCCUGUGUCUUGACGGACAGCCCAUCGGAUACUCCGGCUCAGCACAGGCCGACUGUCCGCACCAUCCUGACUGGGAGAGGAGCAGAAGACGCGACACCCUGACACGACGGGAAAGGAUGCUCGGGAUGGACGGCUGGAGCUCAGCGCGUGAGGCGUGCACGCUGAUUCUCUUCUUCACCGCGCUUCGCACCUCAAGAGCAGCCUAUCCCAUCGAUGUCCUGAAGGUCCUGGGGCUGUCGGAGGACAUGGAGGGCGUGUCGUUGGAGGCGGGGCUGUGCACCAGCAGGAAGGGCAGAGAAGAGACGGACCUCUCCUUUAAGAUCAACAAGAAAAUUCAACUGAGCACCCCCACCAAGCAGUUGUUCCCUGAUUCUCCCUUCCCCGAGGACUUCUCACUGAUGACGACUGUUCGAGCCUUGAAGGACUCGCAGGUCUUUCUCCUCUCGCUUUAUGACCCACAGGGUACGCAGCAGCUGGGUUUAGAGAUCGGACGCUCUCCCGUGUUUCUGUACGAGGACCACCAGGGUCAGCCCGCCCCGGAACUGUACCCCACUUUUCGAAGGAUCAACCUGGCUGAUGGCAAGUGGCACCGAGUGGCCUACAGUGUCAAGGGUCAGCGGGUCACUCUCUACCUGGACUGCGUCAAGCUGGAGACCCUGGAGCUGCUCAGAGGUCACGACCCCCAUGUCAGCACCGACGGCGUCACAGUGUUUGGAACACGUCUGCUGGAGGAGGACGUCUUUGAGGGCGACAUCCAGCAGCUGCUGUUGACGGAUGACCCCUCUGCGGCCGAGACCUACUGCCAAGACUUCAUCCCCGACUGCGACGCUGCGUUGCCUUACGACAGCAUCCUGAUGGACGCCGGCGCUGAGGAGGAGCGAGCGCCAAAGAAACACGAGGUAGCGGAGUUGGAGGACUACGACUUCAGCGACCUCUACGACGACAUGUCCGUCUCCACGGUGGCCGCCGGCCCCAACGCCACAGAGUACGAGAUUUUCGAGUAUGAGGACUACGACAACUCGACAGAUUACAACCAGGUGAACGAGUACGAGUACGAAGACGAAGACGAAGAAAUGGAUGAGCGCUACAGGCCGGCUGAGAGGGAAGGAGGAUAUGGUGUGAACGCGCAGUAUGUACCAGAGAAAGGUGAAAAAGGAGAGCCAGCUUAUUUGGGAGUGGGAACACAAAUAGUUGGUCCACACGGGCCUCUGGGACCUCAGGGACUGGCGGGCCCUUCCGGAAUGGCGGGGCCGGUGGGACCUCGAGGAGACCCCGGGGAACUGGGCCCCCCGGGGCUGCCCGGCCUGAACGGCGCUGACGGCAUACCGGGACCGCCAGGGAACAUCAUGGUCUUACCGUUUCGGUCAGGCGGGGAUCAAAAAUCAGGUGGUAUCGUUUCGGCGCAGGAGGCUCAGGCUCAGGCUAUCCUGCAGCAAACCAAGUUGUCUAUGAAGGGUCCUCCUGGUCCGCUGGGCCUCAGAGGACGACCUGGUCCACUGGGCAGACCGGGUCCACCAGGCCUGAAGGGGAACAGCGGAGAAAUGGGACCACCUGGUUUGCCUGGAGCGACAGGAGCGCUAGGACAGAACGGACGUCUUGGGAAAAGGGGUCGAGCGGGGGCGGACGGCGGACGCGGGGCUAUCGGAGAGACAGGCGCAAAGGGGGACAGGGGAUUCGACGGCUUGCCUGGUCUUCCCGGAGACCAAGGACAUAAAGGCGACAGGGGGAAGCCGGGGUCGGUGGGUGCUGCAGGAGAUCUUGGAGAAAAGGGUUCCGAGGGGCCGCCCGGACCGAGAGGCCAACCAGGCGAUGCUGGUCCAAGGGGGAUGAAUGGCCCCAGAGGUCGUCCCGGGCCCCCUGGUCAGGCAGGCAUUCGGGGAGUGGAUGGGGUCCAGGGUUCAAAGGGGAACAUUGGGGGGCCGGGAGACAUCGGAGCACCUGGACAGCAAGGCAACCCUGGAAUUCAGGGCUUUCCUGGUCCUCAGGGGUUAGUCGGGAUGCCUGGAGACAAGGGACCACAAGGAAAGAAAGGGAUGCAGGGCUUAGCUGGAAAUGACGGGCCUCCAGGCCAUCCAGGAAGGGAAGGUACUCCAGGGGAGAAAGGACUGCCGGGUCCCAUGGGGGUGCAGGGGCCCGUUGGAUACCCCGGACAACGGGGAGUUAAGGGAGCAGAUGGAGUCCGGGGACUAAAGGGCAGCAAAGGUGAGAAGGGGGAGGACGGGUUCCCCGGCGCCAAGGGUGAGAUGGGAGGCAAAGGGGACAUGGGAGACAACGGUGUCACAGGAGGGCGUGGGGAAGAUGGACCCGAGGGACCCAAAGGACAGAUGGGGCCUCAAGGAGAGGCCGGCCCCGUGGGCACUCCUGGGGAGAAGGGAAAACUGGGAGUGCCUGGACUACCGGGAUAUCCUGGACGACUGGGACCAAAAGGUUCUGCUGGCUUCCCUGGUCCAGUGGGAGCACCUGGAGAGAAAGGCAAAAAAGGUCCUUUGGGACAAGCAGGAAGUGCGGGCCUGAGGGGUCCAAACGGUGCACGUGGGGGCAGGGGGGCCCGGGGACCUACGGGGAAAUCUGGUGAAAAGGGUACUUCUGGAAACGAUGGACCCCCAGGAUCACCAGGCGAGAGGGGACCACAAGGGCCGUUAGGCAGGAGUGGAGAGCCUGGACCCAAAGGAGCGACUGGCCCAGGCGGGAAAAACGGUCUUCCGGGACACCCGGGUCAAAGAGGAGAGGCGGGGUUCCAAGGGAAGACUGGACCCCCAGGACCCUCGGGGGUGGUGGGCCCUCAGGGUAAAUCAGGUGAACCCGGCCCCACAGGGGACCGAGGCCACCCAGGGGCGCCAGGUGUACCCGGAGAGCACGGCUUGCCUGGAUCAGCGGGCAAGGAAGGUGGAAAGGGUGAUCCGGGUUCACCUGGAACAUCGGGUAAGAACGGUCCCCCAGGCCUGAAAGGCUUCAGGGGGAGCAGAGGAGCUCCUGGAGUCAUGGGGCCUCCUGGUCUGAAAGGAGGUUCAGGACCUUCUGGAGCCCCAGGUGCCAUUGGACCAACCGGUGAGAGAGGUGCUCCUGGACCAGCUGGAGCCAUUGGACAGCCGGGACGCUCCGGGGCCGUUGGAGGACCAGGACCUACGGGAGAGAAGGGCGAGCCGGGGGACAAGGGUCCGAUUGGACCUUCAGGCCAGGAUGGAGAACAGGGACCAGCAGGCAUGCUUGGAGGUACAGGCCCUCCAGGACCAGCAGGAGACGACGGCGAUAAGGGAGAGCAAGGAGGAUCUGGUCAGAAAGGCAGUAAAGGAGACAAAGGGGAAUCUGGCCCUCCAGGCCCCACUGGCACUCAGGGGCCCAUCGGACAGCCGGGACUUCCUGGUGUGGAUGGAGUGGUAGGACCCCGGGGCCAGCAGGGCAUGUAUGGCCCCAAAGGAGACGAAGGACUCCGCGGUUUCAAGGGUUUGGCAGGGCCGAUAGGUUUACAGGGCAUGCCCGGCCUCCCAGGGGAAAAGGGCGAGAGUGGACAUGUUGGACUGAUGGGUCCACCUGGGCAGCAAGGGCCCAACGGUGCUCAAGGGCCAAUUGGGGGGCAGGGUCCGACGGGUCGACCGGGCAUGGUGGGCCAGCCGGGUGUUGUUGGAGAAAAGGGGGAGGACGGUGAGGCAGGUGAUCCUGGUCCAGUCGGUCUUUCGGGAAAAAUGGGAGAGAUGGGUGACCAAGGGGAGAAGGGAGACACCGGUCUUCCAGGAGCAGCUGGUCCGCCAGGUGCCCGGGGCACCCCAGGGGAGGACGGCGCCAAGGGCAACGCUGGCCCCAUUGGCGUCACCGGGGACAUUGGACAACAAGGAGAAACUGGACCCAAUGGUGUGGACGGUCUUCCCGGGUCUAAAGGAGACAUGGGAGAUCCGGGCAAAUCUGGACCGCCAGGCGCUACGGGAGAACCCGGACCACCUGGACCUCCAGGGCGAAGGGGGCAUCUGGGCAAAGCAGGGAAGGAAGGAAAGGACGGCCUGAAAGGAGUCAAGGGUGCCGCUGGAUUGGAGGGUCCCAUCGGGAAAACAGGGCCAGUCGGUCGUCAGGGGCACUCUGGAAAGCCUGGUCCUCAGGGUCUUAGAGGGAUUCCGGGUCCUGCUGGUGAGCAGGGCUUACAUGGACCACCUGGUCAGACGGGACCACCAGGUCCAAUGGGUCCACCGGGACUAGCAGGACUAAAGGGUGACCACGGCAAAAAGGGGGACAAGGGUCAUGGUGGCCUCAUAGGUUUGAUCGGACCACCUGGGGACAUUGGGGAGAAGGGCGACCGAGGACUGCCGGGGAACCAAGGAGUGCUGGGUUCAAAGGGGGAGGAGGGUCCUGUGGGGCCCCCAGGUCCUCCCGGUCCCCCUGGUCCAACAGGUCUAUCUGGUCCUAUUGGCAUAAAGGGUUCCAAAGGAAAUCCAGGUCCAACAGGUUCCAUAGGGGACAGUGGACCUGCAGGACCUCCAGGACCUCCGGGCUUGCCCGCGGUCGGCAUGGCCCCGAUGUUGGAGCGGGGACGGCGCAGGAGAACCCAUGUCUUGGACGGCGCCACGCUGGAGGGAGAGGAGGAUGAGCUGGUGGAUGGUGGGCAGGAGGAGUGGAUUCAGGGGGAUCAGGCGGAGCCAGCCAUGAAUGAUGAGGAGGAUGAGAAGGAGGGAAAGGGGGUGGAUGAGCUCUUUGCCUCGCUGUCCUCCAUGAAAGUGGAGGUGGAGGGUCUGCGCACACCGCAGGGGACCUACCACAGCCCUGCACGCUCCUGCAAGGAGCUCUGGCUCCUCAAUCCAGAACUUACCAAUGGUGAGUAUUGGAUCGACCCCAACCAGGGCUGCCAUCGCGACUCCUUCAAGGUGUUUUGCAACUUCACAGCUCAGGGCGAGACGUGUUUGUACCCUGAUAAGAAGUUCCAGUCGGUGAAGCUGGCUGCCUGGAAAGGGGAGCAGCCUGGCACCUGGUACAGUACAUUUAGGAAAGGAAAGGAGUUUUCCUACUCCGGAUCAGACGGCGUUCCCAUCCACGUCGUCCAGCUGAAUUUCCUGAAGCUGGUCAGCGUCACGGCCAAGCAGACCUUCACCUAUCACUGCCUCAACUCGGCCGCCUGGCUUCACGGCGCCACUAGCGGAUACGAGCUGGCGCUGCGCUUCCGAGGUAACGGCGGCGAGGAGCUAACGCAUGAGAGCGCGCAUUACAUCAGAGCGCUGUACGACGGCUGUCAGACUCGCUCGGGACAGGAGAGGACGGUGCUGGAGAUUGACGCCCCCGUGUCCCACACGCUCCCCAUCACGGAUGUGGCGGUGGCCGAUUUCGGGAACGGAGGCCAAAAAUUUGGCUUCCAGGUGGGGCCGGUCUGUUAUGGCGGUUAAUCGGCCACUGGAAGGAGGAGCGGUGUCAUACGAAAGAGCAAAAUGGACUCUUUUUUUUUUUUUUUUUUUAAUGUGCAGGGAAAAACAAACUACUUGCCUCAUAUUUAAGCAUAUUGAUUUGUUUCUGUUGUUCACACACUGCAUGCCCGUCACUCAAGUCGCCACGUAAACGCCUCGGAACACUUGAAUGAGCUCAAUACCCCCACCUCAGUUAUUAUUAGCUAUGUUGUUGGACUAGUCAGAUUUGUGAUACAUCUUCACGACUAUAAGGUACUCCGUCAGUCAAACAAUGUGUCACAAAUAUAAGCGACAUUUAGUAUUUAUAAUGGCGCUAUUAUUAGAGCGGGCUUUGUUUAGUAGGUGUGUUAUGACGCCAUGAGAAGAAGAGCAGUAAUGCGGCAAUGUUUACAUCAACAAAGAGACAAAUUAAAGCUACACAAGCUGAAAUAAGUCACAUACAAUCAAAAGCGUGCUUGUGUCAUAAAUGUCAGAAGAUGGUGGAAGAAGACACUUUUUAAUAACGCUGCUGUCUAACAUAAUACUACAUUUCUCAAUCCACACAGGAUAUAAUCAUAGUUGCACAUUACUUACAGACACAUAGCAUUUAUUAUGCGGUAUUCUCCAUAUCAUUUAAUUUGUGUGCCUAUGUAACUGUGUCACAAAUUUAGUGAAUUAUUGUAGGCAGUAAAAAAAAAAACAGCAACCCACUUUAAUGUAAAGGCAGCACAUGUUUAAUGGUAGACAUCAAUUAUAUAGAUAUAUACUGUUUCUAUGUGUGUAUAUAUAUAUAUAUAUAUAUAUUAGGGCUGUCAAUUGAUUGAAAUAUUUGAUGAAUAUAUAGUUAACUCAGAAUUAAUUGCAUUUAAUCGCAGAUAGAAAUACAUUUUUAUCUAUAAUAAGUCGGGGUCUUUGUGGUAAAUGAGUCGAUGUGCAAUUACAACGAUAAUUACAUCAAAUUUUACGUAAUGGGGGAUCAUUUUCGGCACUAUGGGCCAUUAUUUAAAACAAUACAAUCAGAAAGCAUAUUUUUGUAUUCCUAUUUUUCUUUAUUAUUGGCAUAUUAGCUCAUAAAUUCGCCCCAAAAUGUUCAGCAAAUACAAAAUGUGAGCGAGUGAGACCUCUCACACUGACACAGAUAGUGUUAGCUCAAAAUAAGAUUAGUUUAUUUAUGAUGCUGGUUUUUAAUUCUAAAUGUUUGUGAGUAACAAAAACCCAAUUUAGGAACAUUCAGAAAGGAUUUUUAUUAAAGAUUUGCCUCAAUUCACCUUUCAUUCAUAAAAUGUACAAAUGAAAAUACCUAAAACACAUGGCAACAGUCAUAAAACAUUUCAUCCAAAUUGCAAACUCAAUGUCAUUUUAUUUCUCAAUGUAUUAAAAUACAUAGAAAUCAAUCAUUAUAUUACAGUAAUUAUUUUUUAAAUAAAAUACCGUAACAAUUAAUAAGAAAUCCCACAGUUUUUGAAUGUUUGAUGCGAGCUGCGAUUUGUCCUACUUUGUUUGACGGUCGUUGAACGCACCAUUUACAGUUCUCCGAUGCCCAGAGGGUUGUACGGGUGUAUUUGGAUGUAUUUUCCCCCUUUUUCUUUCACUUCAUAUUUGCUCCCAAAUGCUGAUACUAUGUGGGAAUGCAUAAAGGGUUUCUACCCAGACUCAGAUGAGGCGUGGCAAGUCUACAGCACCGCCUCCGACCCAGACGGCAGGUGCGUCUGCGCCGUGGUCGCCCCCGCGAGAAACCUCUGCAAACGAGAUCCUCGCAGUCGGCAACUGCACCUGCUGAC